UCAAAUCAUUUCUUGCAUCAAUUCUGUCGUUGUCAUGGCAGUUAUGCGGAGUUUACAGAUCCUGAUCCUUUCCCUGGCUGUUCUUCACGCCAUUCCAGUCGAUAAAAUUGAUGGUAAACCCGAUGAGUUAAACUCAGGACAAGGAGGCGGCGGUGGUGGCGGCGGCGGUGGUGGUGGCGGUGGCGGCGGCGGUGGCGGUGGAGUCGGUGGUGGUAACCCAGGCUGGAAUCAAGGCUACGGCGUUGGCCAACCUGGAGUCGGUGGUGGUAAUCCAGGCUGGAAUCAAGGCUAUGGUGGUGGCCAGCCAGGAAUUGGAGGUCCUGGUCCAGUGUGGCCUGGACAAGGAGGAUACCCUGGAGUACAAGGAGGAUACCCUGGAAUACAAGGAGGAUACCCUGGAAUACCACAAGGUCCAGUGUGGCCCGGUGGUCAAGGAGGCGUUUCAAAUGUACUUGGAGUCCUUCCAGCUCCACCACAAAACCAACUAAACUACCCGGGUAGCACAUUCACAUUCGAGCUCGUGUUAGUGAAAGACGACGGGGAUGAUGAGGAUUAUUCUAAAGAUCCCGUGGUACAAUAUUACUCGGGGAAACAGAUCGUGGUGGUUAAAUCUCAAGGUGGCUACCAAGGCAGUGGUGGAUACUCUGGCUACAAUCCUGGUGGGAACGGUGGCUGGCCUUCAGCUAACAGCGGCUGGAAUCCUAACGGCGGUGGUCCCGGAGGAUACGGAGGUGGCGGUGGUCCCGGAGGAUACGGAGGUGGCGGAGUUGCAAAUCCUGGCCCGAACCCGAAACCUAGGUACGGAAAAGCCCCACAAGGAUGAGUUCGUGAAUGAAUAUUAUAUUGUUUGUUUUGACUUCUAUUCGAUAAUUAUAGUUCAA